AUGCAGCCUUCGAAAGAGAAAUUAGCUGCGUUUGUCGCCUUUGCUCCCGGAUCUGACGAGGGAGCUGCCUUCAUGUACCUCGAAGUAUCUAUUGCCAUGCCUUUGAUCGCCAGAGUAUCUUAUGUAACUGACUGUACCCUGAAGAGCGCGAACACCCUCAGUGAGGCCGUCGACCAGUAUUACGAGAAUCCAGCCAAAUUUUCCCACAAUUUAGUCAAAACCCCUGAAAAGGCUAAGAUUCGACCCGGCGCCCCUUCCCCUGCGGUGAUCAUGGGUGCGGCCUUGCGACGACCUCACACGAAUGCAGUCAUUGAAGCCGGGAGCGUUCGCGCUCGAGACGAGCAAGAGAUGCAGAACAUGCUGCAGAGCGUCCAGCUGGCUUACCGCAUUUACAACCCAGAAAUUGAGCCAGACCAUGACGCGGAUUACUAUUGUGGCUGUGCCAUACAUCAGUACAAGAGAAGACAAAUGAAUCGCCUCGGCGUCCAGCAUAUGUGGUCCAAAGCCGUGAUGUACCCAGGCGAAAAGGCCUACCAUGGCUGCUACCAAAUGCCAGUAUUUACCAACAACCCCUAUUCCUACAGUGUCAUUUCACCCUAUGGCUUCGGCUCAUCAUUCAUUGGAAUUCAAAUACCUGACCCACACUAUCACGCGAAGUCAGUGUAUCAGACCAUAAAAUUGAAUGCGGCUCUCAACGUGAAAGCACAAGCUUCUAUCAACUCCAAGGAACCAAACUUCAGUAUCUGGGAAAUCGACCAGCUGGAGACUUCGAUGUCGAACAUGGCUGUCGCUGGUCCAUCCACCUAUGGCGACAAUAAAAGUGCUAGAACAUCCAAGAUCUCAAGAUUGAAGAAUACUCUUUCUAUCAAAUCGUCCGAAGAAAGGGCCGUUUCCAAGUUGAGGAAACGACUUGCAUAUGCAGUAGAGUUGCAAAAUGCGAUACUUGAGGAAGAGAACUACAGAUGGCCAGGCCAAAAUGAGCGACGGAUUGUGGUCGCAUACCAGGAAAAUAUCGGCAUGGUUUCAAGAACAGCUGAACUUCGAGCCCGCCAGCCUAUACAGUAUCUCCACCUCCUUCGAGCUGGUUAUUUCGAGCCUAUUCCAGUCAAUUGGGCCAAUCUAGCUUCUAAUCCGUUAAAGUUCACUAUCGAUGUGACUGCGGGAUGGAGAGGGAUCACCCCUGCGUGGAGAGGAUAUGAAGACACCGCUGAGGAACGUCUCUACUGGGUUUUAAAUCACAGAGAAGGGGUUGGUAAGGUAAGAUUGAAACCAGAUAUGAUUUCCGCGCUGAGCAUGGCUCGUGCCAGAAUGGCCUCUGCGGUUGAACCACCUCCUGCAUAUUACUCUCCCGAUGAUACCUGCUAUGUUCAACAUACCUCGAAGGGGUACUCGAGGCAGGUCAUGCCUGCUCCUUUCAGGUCAUGCGAUGCGCCCGAAGUUCCUACUGAUGACACUAUGAUCCUAUUAGAUGUUUCUGGCUCAAUGGAAUUUGAUCCCAUUCGACCAAACUAUAACCAGUAUCUCAUCACCGAAUUUUCCAGGUCUACCCAGCCAAAGAACAAAGACGUAGCAAAGGCCAUCAUCCGUCGAUUCGCCGAUGCAAUGGCCAAUCAUGACAAUCAUGACCAUAACUGGCAAGGCUUUAAGUUCACAACUUUCUCGACUCAUGCCAAUUAUGUCGGUGUUAUCAACCACUGGAACAUCGAUCAAAUAUGGAGGGACAUUAAUUUUGGAGGAGGCACAAGGGUAAUGACAGGCUGGCAAAAGGUCAAGGAGCUACAUUUCCAGAAGCAUUCCGAGUCCGCAACUUACCACCCUGUUUAUGGGUGGCAAUCUGGUCCACAAACCCCUAUUCUGAGGUUACUUCUUUUACUUGAUGGUGAAGCGACCGACAUGGAUGAGUUUGAGCUCGAUAUUCUCAGCCUCGCUUGGGCCCACGUUACCAUUUUCUUGAUCGGUGUCGAUGGAUGCCCACAUCACCAUCGCCAUGCUAACGAGUUGCAACGAAUCAGUGAUGUUAAUCCCCAUGUGGCUUUUGUUGAUGCUCAAGGCAACACACCUGAACGAUUCAUCACCCAUGAACUGCUUAAGCGCCAUCUCGGCUAUGAGCUUUCCAUGUCUGAGUUCGAAGAGCUGGAGCAACCACCUUCAUAUUCGGUAUCGACAUAG